AUGGGCUAUAAAAAUUCUAAACUAGUAGAUGCAUUAUCUAAUUCAUCUCAUUGUAAAUUUCAAUAUCUGAAUUUCCAUAGACUAAUAAUCAUUUAUUCAGUUAAUCAAAAAGAAAUUAAUCGUAUACGUGAAUGUUUUAUGAAAUUAGAUGUCAAUCAUUCUGGCUUUAUUAAUGUUCAGGAGUUCCUUUCGAUUCCUCAAAUUGCAAAGAAUCCACUAUCAAAACGUCUUUUUGCUGUAGUCGAUGAGGAUGGAGAUGGAAAUAUGGAUUUUGAAGAACUUAUAAAGAGUUUAAACAUUUUUUCAGGAAAAGGACAUAAAAGAGAUAAAUUAUUAUUUACUUUCAAAAUUUAUGAUAUAGAUCGAGAUGGAUAUAUUUCGAAUGGGGAGCUUUUUCUUGUUCUUAAAAUGAUGACGGGAAAUAAUUUGAAAGAUCUACAUUUACAACAGAUCGUUGAUAAGACUAUUAUAUAUGCAGAUCAAGAUAAAGAUGGAAAAAUUAGUUUUGAGGAAUUUACGCAAAUGAUUAUAAAUACAGUACAUUAUUCUAUCUUUUAUCAAUUUUCAAUUGAUCGAUAAUUUUAGGAUAUUAUAAAAAAUAUGGCACUC